AUGCCUCUCUCGCAGAUGCUUGUUGUGGCUCUGGUCACUCAUGUAGCGACGCGAGCGCCGCCGAGCGCCGGCGGAGGCAGCCGAAGCGAGCGCCGCGGCGCGUGCUGCGCCGCCCAAGACGCGCCGCGCCACUACCACAAGUCGCAGGCGGCAGCUCGCACCGACAUGCUGGAACCGCGCUGGCGCCCCGUGCAGGGUCACCUAGGCGAUAACCCAUUCGAGACGGGUUCCUGGGCGAAGGCUCACUUCUCAACACACGCAGCGCCCUGGCAGACGUCUUCACUUCGCACAGGACAUGGUCGGCCCACAGAUGAUGGCAUGAUGGAUCAUGAAACAGACGGUGACGGCGCCAUCAACCUGUCUACAUCGCAGCGACCAUCUGCGGCUACAACACCUAACGGCAGCGUCGAGUACGAUGACCACGACCAGGCGUCAUCGUCGGUGAAAGUGUUGAAGCAACAACAACAGCAACAACAACAACAACAGCCCGCACAGCCGCAACCACCACAGCCGCAGCAGCAGCCGCCGCAGUCGCAGCCUCAGCCGCAGCCGCAGCUGGGCCCACACGCGGCGCAGCCGGCGCGGGAGCGCGUGGAGGGCGAGGCGCCAGCCAAUGGGAAGGGCUCCGCGGCGAGCGGCAGCGCCAGCGGCAGCCCCAGCCCCUGCGGCGCGCAGCCGCAGCCGCAGCCGCCGGCGCAGCAGCAGCAGCCGCAGCGGCAGUCACCUCAGCCCCAGGCGGCCUCGCAGCCGCAGGCGGCGCAGGCGCUGCCGCCGCACCAGCCGCAACAGCCGGCUGUCAUGCUGUCUCCCGCCUCGGGGCUGCACCAAAUGCAGCAGCUGCUGCAGCAGCAGAUCCUCAGCCCGGCACAGCUGCAGUCCUUCAUGACGCAGCACUCCCUCUUCCUGCAACAACAGCAGCAGCCGCCUCAACCGCCUGUGCCGCCACCUCCACCGCCACCCCACCAUCACCAGCCGGAAAGUACAGGUGACCAUGCAAGCAGUGAUCGAUUCAACUACCUCACACUGAAGUCUGUGCAACAACAGCAGCUGGCUGAACUUGGAAUGAAGCAAUUACAGCAAGCAAUGCAGCAGUUACAAGAACAGCUGCAACUGAAUGUCAUACAGCAGACACACCUACUGCAGUCAGGGGACAAAAAGAAAGCUUCAGGCCCUUUGCAACAGUUAGCACUGCAACAACAGCAACUCAUGCAGCAGUUACAAAUCACACAACGACAGUAUUUACUGCAGCAGGGUAUUGGCAUUCAACCAAUGGUGCUUGCUCAAGCUCAGGCACAAAGUGCAGCAGUGACAUCAGAUGUACCAAAUCCUUGGAAAGAACCACCUUCUGAAAACCAUGACACACAUCACAAUGUUUCGGCACAUAAAAAUGUCCCAGGAAUCAAUGGACUUCUGGGAACUAUAGGGUUGGGCCGCAGGGAUAGCAUGAAUGGAGUUGCUGGUGUUGGAGAGGAGAAGCUUCUUGAAAGUUGUGGGGACAAAAUGCAUCCACUUUAUGGUCAUGGGGUCUGCAAGUGGCCUGGCUGUGAAGUUAUAUGUGAUGAUUUCCAGUCCUUUCUCAAGCAUCUAAACACAGAACACACGCUAGAUGACAGAUCUACAGCACAGGCAAGAGUGCAGAUGCAAGUUGUAUCUCAGCUCGAGCUUCAGCUGCAGAAGGAGAGGGACAGGCUGCAAGCCAUGAUGCAUCACCUUCAUAUGACCAAGCAACAAGCAUCUCCCGAACCAUUAAAAACAGAGGCAAGUACGGGGCCAAAUCUCUCAAAACUUAACCUUUCCUCUGUUCUCCUUAACCAACCCCCACACUCAAUGCCAUCUUCAGUCAGUCAGCCUGUUUCUAUGUCAUCUCUGGUGUCUGCAGUCCGAUCUCCAAUUCUCCAGCCUCCUACUCCAAACAUUAGUGGACCAAUCAGAAGGCGAAUAAGUGAUAAAUCUGCUCUGUCACUUGCUGGAGGGCUACCAUAUAUGCUGGAACGUGCAGGACUUGAUGUUCAACAAGAAAUUCAGAGAAACAGAGAAUUUUACAAGAAUGCUGAUGUGCGACCUCCAUUUACAUAUGCAUCGUUAAUACGACAGUCCAUCAUUGAGUCACCAGACAAACAACUUACGUUAAAUGAGAUCUACAAUUGGUUUCAAAAUACUUUCUGCUACUUUCGUCGUAAUGCAGCAACGUGGAAGAAUGCAGUGCGACACAACCUGUCUCUCCACAAAUGUUUCAUGAGGGUGGAGAACGUGAAGGGAGCCGUAUGGACUGUGGAUGAAGUGGAAUUUUACAAACGCCGGUCACAGCGAUGCACUACAGGGGGUGUGCAGUCAAAAAGUCCCACCCUGAUACACAGCCCAACAUUAUAUGGAGAUGCGCUGAAUACGAGUCUUCAAAAUGUCCAAUGCGAGAAUUACUCAGAGGCUGCCCUGGGAGAAAGCAAUAUGGGAUUCGUCAACAACUCAAUGAGUACGUCAACAGCAACUAGUCCAGAAAAGGUCCCAUCACCAGCAACAGAACACAGAUCUUCGGUGGAUGGAUCACUCAUGCAUAUCAAGCAAGAGGCCUUGCAGACACCAUCUAUGAAUCCUGACAAUGAUGGUCUUGUCCAUUUAAUCAAGAGGGAGAUAAUGGAGCAUGGAAUAGAUGCUGAAGAGGUGGAGGAAGUUGGGGAGGAGCGAGAUUUUGUACCUGGAGCUACAGUGGGGAUGCAGCUGGAUCAUGGACAUGAAUCUGAAGAGCCAGACGAGAUGGCUGAAGACUUAUCUAUGGUUCCAGAUGUGUCUGAAGAAAAUCUGGAAGCAUAGUUGAGAAAAUCGCAUCCUGAUUUUAAUCAUAUCCACUUUUUAAUGUGAAUGAUACUGUUAACAAAAAAGUAAAUGUAUCGUGUAUGGCCACAAAUGUGGUGCAAUGAAUUUGAAAGACAGUGCAGGAGUUAAUUCAUAUCUGUGCGGAAAAAACGAUUAUUUCAAAAACACUCGUGUUGUAUAUUAAAACAAAAUGUCCGUAUCAAAAUGAAAAAAAAAAAAAAAAAACUAUAGAUUAUUUCCUGGCUGUGUGAGUAAA